AUGUCACUAUCUCUAUCAUCAGGGCAAAGAACCACUUCAUAUUCUCGACCACCAACAACCUUCGGCCAUCAAAAGAACGACUGUAUCUUGGCCAUGGCUGAAAGCCGAGGUGUAGCUACUGAGAUAGGUCUAUGCUUCAUUAAUAUGCAUGACAAUACCUGCUGUAUUUCCCAGAUUGCUGAUACGCAAACGUAUGUGAAAACAAUGCACAUGAUUCAUGUGUAUAAUCCAAAUCAAAUCAUAGUCAUCGACAAAAACCUGGAAGAACCCAAAAGCAAAUUAUGCAAAUUCAUGUAUGAAUCCAUUCAAGAAGAUACAAAACUUGUGCCUGUCUCCCGAAGGCUGUUCAAUGAUGUUACUGGUAUGGAAUGCAUCAAAAGGUUUGGAAUACAACAAGAAGCUACUUCCCUCCAAGUCAGCGUAUCCGGGAACAACAGCGGCGGCAUUCAGGAUAGGGAUCAUUUUAUAUACCGAGACCAUUCGGUCAAGGUUAAAUAUGUUGGACCGGAAGGAUCCAUGAUGAUAGAUGCCGUAGCGGCUCGCAAUUUGGAACUCAUCACCAGUCUUUCCAAUGGCCAAAGCAAUCUUUCACUCUUCGGUAUUCUCAAUCAUACGUCAACUCAGAUGGGAGGUCGUUUAUUGCGCAUAAGCAUAUUGCAACCACUGAAAGGGCAGUUUCUAUUGCUCAUUACCGAAUCGAUCGAAGAGGAUGCAGGGUAUCAGAAAUCAGCUUUAGGUAUGCGCCAUCAGAGAUGCUACGCUGUCAAGACCGGAUUAUGCGGAAUGCUGGAUGUUGCUCGACAGACUUACAGAGAAGCAGUCAACGACAUAUACGAUCUUGUUGCAAGCUAUUGUGAGGAGACAUCGUUGAAUAUCAAGGCUCAGUUCAGCGAGAAAAAUGGAUUCUAUCUGUCUCUUCCAGUAGAUGCUACCGCCAGAGACGAGCUUCAAGAGCAAUUUAUAAGUGUCAUCCAAAAAAAACGACAAUUGCAUUUCACAAGCAUUGAGUUGCUUCAACUCAACUAUCGUGUUUCGGAGUCCCUCUCAGAGAUAUAUAGACAUUCGGAUGGCUACGUUAACAAAAUCAUGGACGACAUACGCAGCGGUAUACACAUACUCUACAAGUUUUCGGAGGCAAUUGCACUACUGGACAUUUGUGUAGCAUUUACAUAUAUGUGUACUGUUGCAGACUAUGUUCGACCCGAGUUUUCAGACACUCUAGCCAUAAUGGCCGGUCGGCAUCCCAUUAGAGAACGAGUUUCCUGCACUCAAUUUGUUCCAAACGAUAUAUUUGCGUCUGACACUACCAACUUCCAGAUUGUAACUGGGCCCAACAUGAGCGGAAAGUCAACUUACCUUCGUACAAUUGCUAUGUUGGUGAUCAUGGCUCAUAUUGGGUCAUUUGUUCCGGCCAAGUAUGCAUGCUUUCGGCCAACAGAUUAUUCGUUGAACCCUAUCAAGCUCUUCACAAGGCUUCCAGUUGAUGAUUCUGCAGAGACAGGAAUUUCGUCCUUUAUGGUGGAAAUGAGGGAUAUCGCGUAUAUGUUGCAAAAUGUGACAGACUCGAGUCUCAUUAUUAUGGAUGAAAUGGGAAGAGCAACUUCGACUUGCGAUGCUUUGGCAAUAUCGACUGCGGUGUGUGAGGAGCUAAUAGAUACAAAAGCAUUUGUGUACUUUGCAACUCAUUUGCAUGAGCUGACUUACACUCUGGAUGUGUACCCCAAUGUUGUCAAACUACAGUUAAUGGUAGACUUGAACACCGAUGACAAUCAGUGCUCAAUGAGAUUUCAUUAUCUUGUUCAAGACGGCAGAGCAAAUCCUGUAUCAUAUGGCCUGCAAGCUGCUCAGAUGCUUGGGCUACCAGACGAAAUCGUUCAGAGGGCAUACACUAUAGCAAAUGAGCUUCAGCGCUUGGCUGACCAGCGCAAACAAAUGUCAUCGGCAGGUAAAUUACAGAGACAACAAAAUCUGACGGUGGAGGUUGUGGAAAAGCUGCGCUUGCUACCAUUCACAACCAUGUCGGACGAAAUGCUGCAUGAUAGUAUUGAAAAUAUCAAGAACGACUAUUUGAGUCAGGUCGAAAGCUUUAAUUUAACUUCAGGAAUAGACUCUCCAUGAUAUUAGUAACAGGGGGGAGGUUUACUUUUUAUGAUGAUGGUACGAAAUGGAUCAAAGUGCGCCAAAGUCAAUAGCUCGAUUGCGAAAGCAUGAAAAAAAAAAUUACAAAUAAAGAGAUGCUGCGAAGAUGAUGUCUCUAUGAAGCUUGUUAAUAC